CGAUGGUUGUAACAAAUCAUACAUUCGGCAUUGAGAUUUGUUUCAAUAUAAUAAUUCUCAUAACAAAUAAUUAAGAUGGAGCAAAAUAUUUAAAACCCAAGUUUGAAUUAUUUAUGAUAUUACAAAAAUGAUGUCCCCAAAAGCACUUACAUAAUGUCUUGACAUAGGUUUCAAAAUUACGAAAAUGGUGUUUGAAUCUAUUCCCCGUACAGUUAGAAUAAUUUUGUUGGGAGAGCCAGGUGUUGGAAAAACUUCAUUAAUACUUUCACUAGUGACCGAAGAGUUUGCUGAAAAUGUGCCGCCAAAGGCUGAAGAAAUUACAAUUCCCGCUGAUGUUACGCCGGAACAAGUCCCGACUAACAUCAUCGAUAUAUGCUUAACUGAACAGACCUUAGAACAAGUUGCUGAAGAAAUUGAAAAAGCUCAUGUAAUAUGUAUAGUUUUUUCAGUAGACAGACAGGAAACUUUAAACAGAAUUGCUUCAUACUGGCUUCCAUUUGUAAGGGAUAACUGUCCAGAAGAUUAUAGGAAGCCUGUAAUUCUUGUUGGAAAUAAAAUAGAUUUAAUCGACUACUCUGUUGUUGAUAACAUUUGGGAUAUUGCUGAGGAGUAUCCAGAGGUGGACAGAUGUAUAGAAUGUUCUGCAAAAACACUUACAAAUGUUUCAGAAAUGUUUUAUAAUGCACAGAAAGCAGUAUUGCAUCCUGUUUAUCCCAUAUACUCUAUCGAGGAACAAGAGCUGACUGAAAGGUGCAAAAAGGCUCUUACAAGGAUAUUUAAAAUUUGUGAUAUAGAUGGUGAUGGUCUAUUGGAUGAUUAUGAAAUAACUAUUUUUCAGAAGAAGUGUUUUGACACUCCAUUACAAUUGCAGGUUUUAGAUGAAGUAAAAUCUGUAAUUGCACAAAAUAUUGCUGGAGGCAUAGAAAAUGAAUGCAUAACAAUGAAGGGUUUCAUAUUCUUGCAUUGCCUUUUUAUACAAAGAGGACGAAAUGAGACUACAUGGACAGUUCUGCGCAAAUUUGGAUAUGAUGAGAGUUUGGAGUUAACACACAAUUAUCUAUAUGCUAACAUUAAGGUACCCAUUGGGUGUACGUCAGAGCUGUCAUAUAAAGGUCAACAAUUUUUGACACAGUUAUUCGAAAAGUAUGACAAGGAUAGAGAUGGAAUGUUAAAUCCAACUGAAUUGAAAAAUGUUUUCUCAUGUUGCCCUCGCAUACCGUGGCAUAAUUUACGCUACACAGUUCCAACUAACGAAAAGGGAUAUGUAACUCCUCAGGGUUGGAUGUGUCGGUGGACUCUCAUGACAUUACUAGACUUGCAGAGCACAAGCGCUUAUUUAGCAUAUUUAGGGUACAAUUUUAUUGAAAACGACACACAAAAAUCAGCAAUACACAUUACCAGAGACAAAAAAGUUGAUAUUGCUAAAAAGCAAUCUAGUAGAAAUGUGUACCAAUGCCAUAUUAUUGGACCACGAUCAUGCGGGAAAACUUCUAUAUGCAGGAGUUUCUUAGGCAUAGCACACAAGAAAAUUAAACCACAUUCCCACGAGCGUGGAGACGGCAGCAGUACGGAGAGCAACUGUUGCAUAAACACAGUGCUAGUGUACGGGCAGGAGAAAUACUUAGUUCUAAAGGAGAUACCCAUUACCCGCGUUUCGGACCCUCUGCAGCCACACGAGGUCAACUGCGACGUGGCGUGUCUGGUGUAUGACGUCACUGCCAGUAGGUCAUUUGAAUACAUCGCCCGAAUAUAUAUUAAAUAUUUCGCCGAAAGUCACAUUCCUGUGUUAAUUGUGGGAACAAAGGGUGAUCAUUUGAUCACCAGACAGGAAUACAUUUUGCAGCCUGAAGUAUUCUGCAAUAAGUAUCAACUGCUAGCACCGCAGAGCUUUAAUAUCAAGGAGAAUAAACACGACGUUUUCGUGAAGUUAGCGACUAUGGCUGCAUUUCCUCAAUUUCAAGCAGCAUGGAUUUUGUUCAGCAAACACAGACACCUGAAGCACUUCGCAAGCUUCGCUGGCGACAACUCCUCGUGGUGGAAGGCAGGCAUCGGUGUCGCUGCCGCCACCAUUGCGGGACUUGUGCUCAUCAAGCUGUUGAACAUCAAGACACGAUAGAACUCGCCGCAAAUGCGUGCUAGACCUUAAAAACAGUGAAGGGCGUGAGCUAUUUUUUUUAGGCCUUCUACUACAAAUUGGACAGUAUGUAUGCCGGUCAGCCAACCGUGUUUUACCCGUUAGGAAGAAACUCACGUUUGCAGGCCGUAGCCGGUAUUCCACCAGAAACAAAGAACAACUUUUUUUGCGCACAAGUUCAUGUAUGAGGGAGGGCUUCGAGCUAACGUACCUUCUGCGACUUGAGCACAAAUCGCAAAUAGAUCCAAAACUUCAAAUUAAUUUGAUAGAUUCCUCUCGCUCAUUGUUUGAAUGUGAGUGACAAAAUUAGGAGUUCUCGUAUAUUAUUCCCGUCAAUGCACGACACAAUAUACGAUACAAAUGAGUACACAGUGCGUCAACUCGAUCACUCAUUCCGAAGGGGUGCGGUGCAGGGGAGUACAGCCGCCCAAAACUCGCAGCGUCUGUGUACUUGGGAGUCGGUACUCUCAAUGAGUAGCGUAAUAAAUAGUUGACGACUGUGUACUUAUUACACGUUAUGUCCAUACCCAGGAUAAAAUUACACAUUACAGUUACACGUGAUAAAAUUUCAUUCAAUAGCUGUACACGGGAAUGUACAUACUGCCAAUGUGAUCCCGGCUUAUUCGAUUGUGUCCGCGCUGCCACUUUCUAUGGAGUGGGUGUGAAUAAUGACUAGUAUUGAAUGCACUCGAUAAUUGAUUCGAAAUUAAAAUGGGAGAGGGACGGAGUGCUAUUCUCAGAUAAUACCUAUAUUCAAUAAGAUCACAAUAUAAAAGACCAAUUUCUUAAAUUAUAUCUGUGUUUUCAUAAUUUGUUAAGAUCUCAAUCAAUCCUCUUAAGAAUGGAAUCUUGAUAAUCGUCAUACAAGCUCUAGGUGGCGUAAUCUUUCAACUGUCGCCGCUAUCUAGCUGUUUCAAUUAAUAUAGUAGGCGACAAUCGUUAUUGAUUGCGAUAUACCCAAUGCAAUCUUUUGGCAGUAAUCGCAUCUUCAAGAGUAGGUAUAGAUGUUUGACAUCUGGGCUAAGCGCAUAGCUUUCUUGAAAUUCAAGUUUAUUUGGAUAUUAUAAUUCAUUAGUUGAUGUAGUCUCUUUGUCACGGGGAUAAACAUACUAUGUAAAUUUCAAAUAUGCCUAGUACCGGAGUUCAGUAUAACUGCAUGCUAACGAAACCCAUGGACAUAGUUUGAAUCAGUCAAUUAUGAAUUUACUAUUUAAAGAAUACAAUUAUUAUUACGAAAUAAAUACAAAAAAUAGUUGUUCUUGCUCUUAGUAAGUAUUGUUUAUUGCUUAUAAAAAAAUAUACACGCUGACUUUUUUUUCUUUUUACAACGGUGAGCCAGAUUAUCUCACCAAAGUCUGCUAUAAAACUAUUAGAAAUAUAAUAUCGUAGUUUUGUUAAGAAGCAUCCAAUAUCAAGUGUUAACGGUGCGGUGCAGAGGCGGUAUCAAUUUCAUACAUUGUGGUUGUUUCAUGCAGCAGAAAUAAUAUUCAAAUAGGUUUAUUAAUACAUAAUUUGCUCAGCUGCUUCAAAAUUUCUAAAUUCAGAAAUGUUUGAAUUUUUUUAUCACUAGAUAAUAAACUUCAAUUAUUUUGAGUAGGGUUAGAGUUGCUGUACCUAUACAUCGGAUUAAAAAAAGGAGCUGUCGAUCGAUUAGACUUUAGAUUAGAUUAGAUUAUAUUUCAUUUAUUAUAAUAAAUGAAACAUAAUAAAAUCCUUGAAUAUAAUAAUUAUUGAAGCAAUCUUCCUUAUAUUGUUUGUUUUCUAUUAUUCAUGCACGCCAUAAACAAGAUUACAUACUUUCUCAAUAACAUCUCAUAAGCGAUGAUAUUAUGAAGAAAACUUUAGUAAACUUUCAAUGUUAUUAAUUUACCCCUCUGACUAAAGAAUAAUUAAGUCACUGACUUAUUCCAACUUAUCGUCUCCAUGAAUAUAUAACCCGCUUUGAUAAUGAAUGAUAUGAACUUAUAAACUUUUCCUUGUGUUAUUUACUGUGAUAUCUUUGUCAAUUUAGCGUGAUGUAUAUAUACAAUAGAAAGCGGAUCAAUCAUUUGGGAGGUUGCCUGGCCACUAGCAGAAAUUUACUGAGGCUCUAACCUUAAAGCUGCAAUCAUAAUGUUAGAUUGGGUAUUUCAAACUAUUUAGGGUGAGGAGACCUUGAGUGUGCAUCCAAAGCUGGCUUUACUGGGUAAAGGUAGAAGAGAACGUGCAUUAAGUGAAAUCUGCGCUUAUCUUUUUAUUUAAUGCAAAAGAUCCACUAUGAUAUGAUUGCCUUUCAUGUUCGAUGCAUAACUUCAAUGGAUAGCCAGUGUGUGAUUCCGCUACUAAACAAAUGUAGCCCAAGUGAAUCGGGUCCGGGUAACAAUGGUAUUAUUAAGGUGCAGUAAUAUUCCAAACUUAGGGGAAAAAGUUAAGUUCGUUUAACCAUUAUUACCGUUAAUAUCAGGGUUUUACGCUCGCAAACGUAAAACCAUAAUAAUAAACUGUAAUAGACCUAAUAAGGUUCAUCAAAGUACUUGUAAACCUGUUCUAAGUUUGAUGUUGGUUUAUCUACGGGCCGUGUCGUUUUGGACUAUCAAAAUGAAAGCGUUAAAAAAAAUAUUUUUCGUUCUUUGAAGUUUAUUGAGUUCAUCACGUCGACCGAUCACAAUCCAUUGUAAAUCCACUGCCGUCUACAUCUCCAGCAAAUGUUGGUUGCAGAUAAUUUUUAACGUGUUAAAGAAGGCGGCGCUUCUUGCUUGAUGAACUCUAAUAAGGCGCUCCUUAAUAAGGCUUAAUGCCUUAUUAAGCAACGCGUCUUGUUACAAUACUAUAUAACAGUAUUGUCACUAGAUGGCGCUUAAUCUCACACUUGGCACCCUGGUCGUCAAUUUUCAAGUCUGCCAUCUUGUACUAAAGUUCAUACACCAUCCAACAAGGACUUGCGGCAAGGGCAGCAGGGCCAUAUAAAAUAAAAUUGAGUUCCAUUUUACUUCGACAUUAUUAGUUUAACGCUACUCGAAAUAUUCUUCGAUUGCAAGCGUGCAAAACUUAUGCAUUUGUUUUAACUGGAGGUAGGUACCUUAGAGUCAAGAGUAGUGUCUUUGUCGAACCCAAUAUGGAAAAUGAACCGCAUUCGGUUCGACUGCAAUUGUGUUAUAGGUAUUUGAGAAAAUAAAACAUGCCUCCCAAACAGCGGACGAAAAAUACAUAACUACUACUCAAAAACUACACUCGGUUGGAGUGCUUCAUGAAGUGUGCCCCCUUGUGUUUUUUUCGUUCGCUGCUCCCUAACCAAAGAUGUUUGUAGAGUUAUGCUUAAUUUAAAGUGUUAAAGUAAUUAAGUAUUACUAUAAUUUCAGUUGUAAAUAAAAUUUUAGCUCU